AUGUCGAUAUAUGGCCUUUAUCACCCACCUAGGCACAAUUAUCUGGAGAGCGACUUAUUGGAUUAUUUGAUAAAUAUUUCUGACGACGUUCUGGACAAAUAUCCAGACACUGUAAUUGUUUGUGGAGGGGAUUUGAACAGUUUGGACAUAAAACAUCUUGAGGAACUAUCAGGAUGGGAUGCAAUGGUCGACUUUUCAACAAGGGGUAACGCAUGUUUGGAUAACUGCCUUACAAAUAGAAUAGAUUUGUUCUCAAAAUGUUAUCCUUUCCACAUGUUAACUAAAACAGACCACAUGGGGGUUAUUUUACCAGCAGGAACAAAACUAAUACCUAUGCGCCGAAAGGUUGAAUUUCGGGAUUGUAGAAAGCAUCGAAAGGAAGAUUUCCACAAAGCUUUAGCAGAAGAAGAUUGGGAGGAUGUAUCGCAGUCCACGAAUGUAAAUGACGCUGUGAAUUGUCUUGAACGUAAGAUCAUGUAUCAUAUGAAUAAAUGUAUGCCCACAAAAACAGUCUCAAUUUCGUCACGUGACCCUUACUGGACGAGUCCUUUAAUUAAAUCUUUGCUAAAAUCUAAAUCCAGAAUUGCUCGGUCGCAAAAGGAUAGACUCAGUUUAAUUAACAAAAGGAUUUCUGAUGUCAUUUGUCAAAACAGAAGAAAUUUUAGGGCCUUGGUGGGAAGUAGAACUUGGUGGAGAAAGACGACUGAUAUUUCUCAGCGAAAUGCAUCGUCAUCAAGAGUUACUUUAGAUAAUGCAUCACUUACAAGAUUAAAUCGCUACUUUGGCGAACUCUGCCACGAUGAUAGUUAUGUCGAACCGACGCUCUCAAUUAUUGGUGAUGAAGUAGAUAUUCCUAGCUUUACGGAACAGCAGGUAUGGAAUGCCUUGAAAAGAAUAAAGAGGACAGCAACAGGUCCCGUUUAUAUUCCCUAUUGGGUUUGGAAUGAUCAUGCGGAAAUUCUAACCGAAGUUAUAACUAACGUCUGGAAUUUGUCCCUUUCAUCACAUACUUGGCCAGAUUCAUGGAAAAGAGCGAAUAUUAACCCUCUUGCAAAGGUUGAUUUACCAAAGGAAGAUGGCGACUUUCGUGGAAUAAAUAUUACACCUGUAAUUGCGAGGACCUUCGAAAAGCUCGUUUAUAAUAUCAGGUCAAGUCGACAGUUGAGGAAAUUUUAUCCCCAACGCAAUUUGCGUACAGGCAGGGGGGGAGUUGUACAAACGUUCUGUUAA